UAGCACUCACAGCUCAAGUAUUUCGCAGAACAGCUGCAACAUCAGCUGACCGCGCCAAAACAAACCUGAGCGCGGCGAUCCUCGUGGCGCGCUGGCAGGCUGGAACAGUGGCAUUGUUGUUGUGGCAGGCCAGACUGCAUCAUCAUUCCUCGGUGUGAGAUCAGUUAUAAGUAUUCCAAGUUGAGAGAUGCCGGGACAGAAGCCGCAGUGCCGAGUGUGUGGGGGCGAGUCCUUCACCAUGGCCCAAGGUAUGAAGGUGUGUGACCAGUGUGGCCAGCAGGAGGAGCACUUCAUUGAGCUGCUGAGUCAGGAGAACAGGGAGGUGGAGCGCUCCCGCCUGCUCGCCACUCGCCUGCAGGACCCCGAGGAUGAGGAUGCUGCUCACAGACCUCCCCCUGAGGAAAAGCUGAACAACUGGACGACCUAUGAGGCAUACAACAUCAUCCUAUAUGAGUGGACCAAGGCGCUGCUCAAGCUUGGGGCGUCGCCUAAAGUAGAGGCAAUAACCUUCAAGCUUUGGGUCGCUUAUCUGCAGCGCAUUGGCAUUGCCUUCAAACAAACAGAAUCAUUUCCCCAUUCAUCUUUAAAGAAUAACAGAGACAAGAAGCUCAUCUAUGAGAAGGCGGAGUCUGUGUCCAGCCGGUCGCUUCACUCUUAUUCCCUCCGCAGGAGGAAGAAGAAAAAAGUUGCACCCACCAAACUGGACAAAAUAAGAGACAAGAUUGAGAUGAAGAAAAUUAAGAAUGCUAUGUACAAGAAGCAGGACUCAAGCUUCAUGGACACCACACUUGCCAAUGAACUAAGCAAGUCACUGAAUGAGUUUGAAGCUUCUUUGCUUUCAAAUUCUGGCUCCUCCUAUACUCCAUCUCAAGCUGGAGAGUCAAGAAUGAAUACUUCAGCCGGAAGUGAGUUCACCUCUCUAGUGGACGAGAAGAGUCACUUUGGGACCUUGGACAGUGAGCUGGAGACAGAAAUAGAUGAUGCCUGUGGUACCAAGUAUAACCUGUGUAAUAUGGUGCAAGAUCUGUUUUAUAAGAGAUUGUGCUACAUGUGCAUCUAUGGUAUCUGUUGUCUCACUUCCAGAAAACAGAUUCGGCGUGACGAUGUGGUCAGGAACUGGAUAAGGCGAUCCACCCACAUAUAUGGCUCAGACUCAGAGGGAAGACAGCACCAGGAAAAUGGAGAAGUGGAGAGUGAGAGAAUGGAAGAGAAUUAUAGUGGUGAGGAUUAUCACAGCUUUGAGACAGUAUCAACAAACAGUCUUGAGUCUGAGCCACAAAGUACAAAGAAGGGAAAAGGAAAGAGAAAACAAGUGAGGAGUUCAAAGAGUAAGAAGCGUAACUAUAACUUCCUGUACAAGAUGGCGGCGAAGGCUUCCGAUGAGAUGUCUAUGUACCGUGCCUCCAGACUGCCCUUCAUCAUGCGGUUCUCAAAGCUACUGGGCAUCUUGUACCUGGCCGUACUGUUGGCGGAGGACGACAUACUACUCUCAGACAUCAUCAGGUGGUGUCGAGAGGGCCACAUUCCCUAUUUCUCAGCACCUUACCUCCUUCAGCCAGGCAUGGAGUUAAGUUUUUAUGACCUCAUCAUGCUGAGGGACUGCAAGAAGCUCCCUGAUGCCCAGGAGGUGCAGGCCAUCACUGGGCGGCUGGCAACUUUCCUCAGCAUCCAAUAUGUACCUCUACCUCCCGUGGGAUGCAUUGUGAGGAAGUUUGUUAAGCUGUUGAACCUGCCCGAUCAAGUUGUAAUUGUUGCAGAGAGGUUAAUUGAACUGAUGGAUGAAACACAAAAUAUGAGUCUGGUUAUACCUCCUGUUGAAAGCCUGGCAAUGGCAUCCAUCAUUCUGACACUGAAGGUGUUCUGUGGCCUGGACACCAAAACGGAGGUUGUGCUGUCCUCUGCUGCUAAGGCAAUCAGAGACAAGAUGCCACGCCACACCCCAGUUGUUCCCUUCUCCUGGCAGGACUGGCAGAAACACAUCUCUUGCCUGGUGUGGUUGUGCAGCCAGGUGGAUGCCCCUACAGCCUUCCACUGGCAGGAGCUCCGUGACAUGCGCUUCUUCAAUGUCUCUCUCUACACAAAGUUCUUCUGGAGGGAAAACAUGUGGAGGAUUCCUCGCACCUCAUGGACAAAAAAGACAGAGAUGCAGAACCUUACAGAGACACUCCUUAGGCAGCAGGGCCUCUCGCUGGAGGAGGUAAUCAUGCAGCCCCCACCCUUCCCAGCCUCACGUCAGCCUCUCCGCAGCAUCAUUGAGCAGCUCACCCAGAGGAAUGGUGCCGUUGAAGCAGAAAUGCACAAGUACACUAAGAUUGCUGAGGAACUGGCAAAGGAAUCUUUUGCCACUCAUAACCUGAACUGGUUUUGUGAGAUGGAAUACUUCGCUGACGAACUGUACAAGUGUGGCGUCAAGACUGAACUGGUGUUUUCUAAAGAGAAGAAAAGAAACGAAACUUUGUGUCAUUUCCACAUUGUUGGCCGUGAUGCUGGAGGCAGGAGGGACAAGGAAGCAAAUAAAACACAGGAAUUCUUCAUCCCAAAUCCUCUAAAGAAAUUGUGGAGAGUCAAUCGGAGGAAUAAGAUUUCCUGGAUCGGGGUAUUGCCCACCCUGCCACCAAGCUUCCAGUGGCUGGUGGGUGUUGGCAGUCAUGUGUGUGAGGUGCCAAAGAUCCAGUUGUUGUCACUUGUGUUUUUGAUGCAGGCAAGAAUAAAGAAAACUUAUAAGUGA